CUGCCACCAUGGACCACUCCUUCAGCGGAGCACCCCGCUUCCUGACUAGGCCAAAGGCUUUUGUGGUAUCUGUGGGCAAGGAUGCCACGCUGAGCUGCCAGAUUGUGGGCAACCCCACGCCACAUGUGAGCUGGGAGAAGGACAGGCAGCCAGUGGAGGCAGGAGCACGUUUCCGCCUGGCCCAGGACGGGGAUGUGUAUCGUCUCACCAUCCUCGAUCUGGCGCUCGGUGACAGCGGGCAGUAUGUGUGUCGCGCGAGGAACGCCAUAGGGGAGGCCUUCGCCGCCGUAGGCCUGCGAGUAGACUCUGAGGGCACAUGUGCUGAGCAGGCGCCCCACUUUCUGCUGCGGCCCACCUCCAUUCGCGUGCGCGAGGGCGCCGACGCCACCUUCCGAUGUCGCGUGGGCGGCUCGCCACAACCUGCUGUGAGCUGGUCCAAAGACGGGCGGCGCCUCGGCGCACCUGACGCCCCUCAUGUGCGCGUGGAAGAUCACGGCGAGGCGAGCGCGCUUCGCAUCAGGUCGGCAAGGCCUCGCGAUGGUGGUACCUACGAAGUCCGAGCAGAGAACCCGCUGGGUUCUGCCAGCGCUGCCGCCGCUCUGGUGGUGGACUCAGAUACCGAGGCUGCCGGACCCCCCGGAGCCUCCACCGCCAUGCUCCUGGCGCAUCUGCAGCAGCGGCGAGAGGCCAUGCGCGCGGAGGGCGUCCCCCCGUCCCCACCCGGUGCUGGCACGCGCACCUGCACGGUGACCGAAGGCAAACACGCACGCCUCAGCUGUUUUGUGACCGGCGAGCCCAAGCCCGAGACAGUGUGGAAGAAGGACGGGCAGCUGGUGACCGAGGGCCGGCGACACGUGGUGUAUGAAGACGAGCAGGAGAACUUUGUCCUUAAGAUUCUUUUCUGCAAGCAGUCGGAUCGCGGCCUCUACACGUGCACAGCCUCUAACCUUGUGGGCCAGACCUACAGCUCUGUGUUAGUGGUCGUGCGAGAGCCGGCAGUGCCCUUCAAAAAGCGGCUGCAGGACCUGGAGGUGCGAGAGAAAGAAUCUGCCACAUUUCAGUGCGAGGUGGCGCAGCCAGCCACCGAGGCGGCGUGGUUCAAGGAGGAGACGCGGCUAUGGUCCAGCGCCAAAUACGACAUCGAGGAGGAGGGCACCGAGCGCCGGCUAACCGUGCGCAACGUCUCCGCAGACGACGACGCGGUGUACAUCUGCGAGACCACAGAGGGCAGCCGCACAGUGGCAGAGCUCUCGGUCCAAGGAAACUUGACCAGAAAGCUGCCUCGGAAGACUGCAGUGCGGACUGGAGACACUGCCAUCUUUUGGGUGGAGCUGGCUGUCCCUGAAGGCCCUGUCCAGUGGCUACGGAACCAGCAGGAGAUGGUGGCAGGGGACCGGGUAGCCAUCACUGCAGAAGGCACGUGCCACACACUGACCAUCUUCCAGUGCACUUUGGAGGACAUGGGUGAGGUGGCCUUUGUGGCUGGUGGCUGCCGAACGACCACUCAGUUCUGUGUGUCAGCGCCCAGGAGGCCACCCCUGUAUCCCCCUGCUGACCCUGUUGUAAGGGCCAAGACGAAGAGCUCUGUGACCCUCAGCUGGUCCCCACCACCCCAUGGGGACCGCCCUGUCACCAUUGACGGUUACGUGGUAGAGAAAAGGAGGCUUGGUGCUUAUGCCUGGACCAGGUGCCAUGAAGCUGAAUGGCUGUCCACAACUGAGUUUACUGUCGCUGGUGUGCCUGAGGAGGGGGACUUCCAGUUCCGAGUGUCAGCCAUUAACCACUUUGGCCAGAGUCCUUACCUUGAGUUUCCAGGGACCAUGCACUUGGUCCCCAAGCUGGCUGUAAAGACACCUCUGAAGGCGGUGGAGGCAGUGGAAGGUGGUGAGGUCACCUUCUCAGUGGACCUCACUGUGGCCUCUUCGGGCGAGUGGUUCCUGGAUGGGGAGGCCUUGAAAUCCAGCGGUCUAUACGUGAUCCGUUGUGAUCGCACCCGGCAUAUGCUCACCAUCAGAGAGGUGCCCGCCAGACUGCAUGGGGCACAGCUGAAGUUUGUGGCUGACGGCAUUGAAACCAGCAUCCAAAUGGUGGUCCGAGCAGCUCUGGGGCUGACCAGCAGCAAGCUUCCUACUGUGGCUGCCCGGGAGGUGCUGGCCCAGUUGCACGAGGAGGCACAGCUGCUGGCUGAGCUGUCGGAUCAGGCUGCGGCGGUAACUUGGCUGAAGGAUGGCCGUGAGCUGUCCCUGGGACCCAAGUAUGAGAUGCAGGUGUCAGCUGGGAGGCGAGCACUGCUGGUGCGGGAUGUGGCACAGGAUGACGCUGGCCUCUAUGAGUGUGUCAGCCGUGGGAGCCGCAUUGCUUACCAGUUGCUGGUGCAAGAGGCCAAGGUGGUAUUUGCCAAGAGGCAGCCAGCUCACAACGAGGUGAAGGCAGAGGCGGGGGCCAGUGCCACACUGAGCUGCGAGGUGGCCCAGGCCCAGACUGAGGUGACAUGGUUCAAGGAUGGGAAGAAGCUGAGCUCCAGCUCGAAGGUGCGAGUGGAGGCCUCAGGCUGCUCCAGGAGGCUGGUGGUGCAGCAGGCGGGCAAGGCGGAUGCUGGGGAGUACAGCUGCGAGGCCGGGGGACAGAAGGUCUCCUUCCGUCUCGAUGUAACAGAACCCAAGGUAGUGUUUGCCAAGGAGCAGCAGGCACGCAGCGAGGUGAAGGCAGAGGCGGGGGCCAAUGCCACACUGAGCUGCGAGGUGGCCCAGACCCAGACUGAGGUGACAUGGUUCAAGGACGGGAAGAAACUGAGCUCCAGCUCGAAGGUGCGAGUGGAGGCCUCGGGCUGCUCCAGGAGGCUGGUGGUGCAGCAGGCGGGCAAGGCGGAUGCUGGGGAGUACAGCUGCGAGGCCGGGGGACAGAAGGUCUCCUUCCGCCUGGACGUCACAGAGCCCAAGGUAGUGUUUGCCAAGGGGCAGCAGGCGCGCAGCGAGGUGAAGGCAGAGGCGGGGACCAGUGUCACACUGAGCUGCGAGGUGGCCCAGGCCCAGACUGAGGUGACAUGGUUCAAGGAUGGGAAGAAGCUGAGCUCCAGCUCGAAGGUGCGAGUGGAGGCCUCGGGCUGCUCCAGGAGGCUGGUGGUGCAGCAGGCGGGCAAGGCGGAUGCUGGGGAGUACAGCUGCGAGGCCGGGGGACAGAAGGUCUCCUUCCGCCUGGACGUGGCAGAGCCCAAAGUAGUGUUUGCCAAGGAGCAGCAGGCACGCAGCGAGGUGAAGGCAGAGGCGGGGGCCAGUGCCACACUGAGCUGCGAGGUGGCCCAGGCCCAGACUGAGGUGACAUGGUUCAAGGACGGGAAGAAGCUGAGCUCCAGCUCGAAGGUGCGAGUGGAGGCCUCGGGCUGCUCCAGGAGGCUGGUGGUGCAGCAGGCGGGCAAGGCGGAUGCUGGGGAGUACAGCUGCGAGGCCGGGGGACAGAAGGUCUCCUUCCGCCUGGACGUCACAGAACCCAAGGUGGUGUUUGCCAAGGAGCAGCAGGCACACAGCGAGGUGAAGGCAGAGGCGGGGGCCAAUGCCACACUGAGCUGCGAGGUGGCCCAGACCCAGACUGAGGUGACAUGGUUCAAGGACGGGAAGAAGCUGAGCUCCAGCUCGAAGGUGCGAGUGGAGGCCUCGGGCUGCUCCAGGAGGCUGGUGGUGCAGCAGGCGGGCAAGGCGGAUGCUGGGGAGUACAGCUGCGAGGCCGGGGGACAGAAGGUCUCCUUCCAUCUUGAUGUAACAGAACCCAAGGUAGUGUUUGCCAAGGGGCAGCAGGCACGCAGCGAGGUGAAGGCAGAGGCGGGGGCCAGUGCCACACUGAGCUGCGAGGUGGCCCAGGCCCAGACUGAGGUGACAUGGUUCAAGGACGGGAAGAAGCUGAGCUCCAGCUCGAAGGUGCGAGUGGAGGCCUUGGGCUGCUCUAGGAGGCUGGUGGUGCAGCAGGCGGGCAAGGCGGAUGCUGGGGAGUACAGCUGCGAGGCCGGGGGACAGAAGGUCUCCUUCCGCCUGGACGUGGCAGAGCCCAAGGUAGUGUUUGCCAAGGAGCAGCAGACACGCAGCGAGGUGAAGGCAGAGGCGGGGGCCAGUGCCACACUGAGCUGCGAGGUGGCCCAGGCCCAGACUGAGGUGACAUGGUUCAAGGACGGGAAGAAGCUGAGCUCCAGCUCGAAGGUGCGAGUGGAGGCCUCGGGCUGCUCCAGGAGGCUGGUGGUGCAGCAGGCGGGCAAGGCGGAUGCUGGGGAGUACAGCUGCGAGGCCGGGGGACAGAAGGUCUCCUUCCGCCUGGAUGUGCCAGAACCCAAGGUAGUGUUUGCCAAGGAGCAGCAGACACGCAGCGAGGUGAAGGCAGAGGCGGGGGCCAGUGCCACACUGAGCUGCGAGGUGGCCCAGGCCCAGACUGAGGUGACAUGGUUCAAGGACGGGAAGAAGCUGAGCUCCAGCUCGAAGGUGCGAGUGGAGGCCUCGGGCUGCUCCAGGAGGCUGGUGGUGCAGCAGGCGGGCAAGGCAGAUGCUGGGGAGUACAGCUGCGAGGCCGGGGGACAGAAGGUCUCCUUCCGCCUGGACGUCACAGAACCCAAGGUAGUGUUUGCCAAGGAGCAGCAGGCAUGCAGCGAGGUGAAGGCAGAGGCGGGAGCCAGUGCCACACUGAACUGCGAGGUGGCCCAGACCCAGACUGAGGUGACAUGGUUCAAGGAUGGGAAGAAGCUGAGAUCCAGCUCGAAGGUGCGAGUGGAGGCCUCGGGCUGCUCCAGGAGGCUGGUGGUGCAGCAGGCGGGCAAGGCGGAUGCUGGGGAGUACAGCUGCGAGGCCGGGGGACAGAAGGUCUCCUUCCGCCUGGACGUCACAGAACCCAAGGUAGUGUUUGCCAAGGAGCAGCAGGCACGCAGCGAGGUGAAGGCAGAGGCGGGGGCCAGUGCCACACUGAGCUGUGAGGUGGCCCAGGCCCAGACCGAGGUGACAUGGUUCAAGGACGGGAAAAAGCUGAGCUCCAGCUCGAAGGUGCGAGUGGAGGCCUCGGGCUGCUCCAGGAGGCUGGUGGUGCAGCAGGCGGGCAAGGCGGAUGCUGGGGAGUACAGCUGCGAGGCCGGGGGACAGAAGGUCUCCUUCCGCCUGGAUGUCCCAGAGCCCAAGGUGGUGUUUGCCAAGGAGCAGCAGGCACGCAGCGAGGUGAAGGCAGAGGCGGGGGCCAGUGCCACACUGAGCUGCGAGGUGGCCCAGGCCCAGACUGAGGUGACAUGGUUCAAGGACGGGAAGAAGCUGAGCUCCAGCUCGAAGGUGCGAGUGGAGGCCUCGGGCUGCUCCAGGAGGCUGGUGGUGCAGCAGGCGGGCAAGGCGGAUGCUGGGGAGUACAGCUGUGAGGCCGGGGGACAGAAGGUCUCCUUCCGCCUGGACGUCACAGAACCCAAGGUAGUGUUUGCCAAGGAGCAGCAGGCACGCAGCGAGGUGAAGGCAGAGGCGGGGGCCAGUGCCACACUGAGCUGCGAGGUGGCCCAGGCCCAGACUGAGGUGACAUGGUUCAAGGACGAGAAGAAGCUGAGCUCCAGCUCGAAGGUGCGAGUGGAGGCAUCGGGCUGCUCCAGGAGGCUGGUGGUGCAGCAGGCGGGCAAGGCGGAUGCUGGGGAGUACAGCUGUGAGGCCGGGGGACAGAAGGUCUCCUUCUGCCUGGAUGUCACAGAGCCUGGGCCCCAAAUUCCAGAGAGACCCAGCCGCAGGGAGCCUCUGGUGGUCAAGGAACAUGAGAACAUUGUCCUGACCGCCACGCUGGCUGCACCCUCUGUGGCUGCUGUGGCCUGGCUCAAAGAUGGCGUGGAGAUUCGCCGCAGUAAGCGGCACGAGGCCACCAGUCUGGGUGAUACGCAUACCCUGACCGUGAGAGGCGCACAGGUGAUGGACAGCGCCAUCUACAGCUGCCGCGUGGGCAAGGAAGGACAGGACUUCCCAGUGCAGGUGGAAGAGGUGGCCACCAAGUUCUCCAAACCCCUGGAGCCCGUCGAAGGGGAACUGGGUGGUACCGUGAAGCUGGUCUGUGAGCUGAGGCCAGAGCAGGCUGGGGUCGUGUGGCGCUGUGGGAGCACACAGCUGCGGGAGGGCAAGCGCUUCCAGAUGACAUCGGAGGGGCCCAGGCGCACACUGACUGUGUCUGGCCUUCGAGAGGAUGAUGCAGAGGAGUAUGUGUGUGAGAGCCGCGAUGACCGCACCAGUGCACGGCUCACUGUCAAAGUUCCCAGAGUGGUCAAGUUGACAUCUGGAUUGAGCGCCGUGGUAGCAGAGGAGGGUCGAGAGGCCACCUUUCAGUGUGUCGUGUCCCCCAGCAAUGCAGCAGUCAUGUGGUACAAAGAUGGCACCCAGCUGCAGCCCAGCGAGAAGUUUGUUAUGGCCCAGAGUGGGGCUACCCAUAGCCUGACCAUCUUGGGCCUGACCCUGGAAGAUGCUGGCCAUGUCACGGUGGAGGCUGAGGGUGCCUCAUCUUCUGCUGCCCUCCGGAUCAGAGAGGCGCCGGUCCUCUUCAAAAAGAAGCUAGAGCCACGGACAGUGGAGGAGAGGAGCUCUGUGACACUGGAGGUGGAGCUGACACGCCCCUGGCCUGAGGUGACUUGGACACGGAAUGCUGCAGUCCUGGCGCCCAGCGAGAACGUGGAGAUCCGUGCUGAGGGCGCUCGACACCGUCUGGUGCUGCGCAGCGUGGGCUUCGCUGACCGCGGCUUCUUUGGCUGUGAGACACCAGAUGACAAGACUCAAGCCAAGCUCAAUGUAGAAAUGCGGCAGGUCCGGCUGAUUCGAGGUUUGCAGGAAGUGGAGGCUAAGGAGCAGGGCACGGCCUUCAUGGAUGUGGAGUUGUCCCACGCUGAUGUGGAGGGCAGCUGGACUCGAGACGGCCUGCGACUUCAGCCUGGGCCCACAUGCCACCUGGCUGUGCAAGGCCCCAUCCACAUCCUAACACUCUCGGCGCUGCAGCCACAGGACAGCGGGUUGGUGGCCUUCAGGGCUGAGGGCGUGCACACGUCUGCACGACUCAUAGUCACUGAGUUGCCUGUGAGCUUCACCCGACUACUGCAGGAUGUGGUGGCUACUCAGAAAGAGAAGGUGACCCUGAAGUGUGAGUUGUCGCGCCCGGUGGCUGUGCGCUGGCUGAAGGAUGGCGUGGAGCUGCGGCCAGGCAAAGCCAUAAGCAUAGCGGCCCAGGGAACCUGCAGGAGUCUUGUUAUCUACCGCUGUGAGACCGGGGACCAGGGUGUUUAUGUGUGUGAUGCCCUCGAUGCUCAGACCUCUGCGUCUCUGAAGGUGCAAGGAAGGACAUACACUCUCAUCUUCCGGAGGGUCCUGGCAGAAGAUGCGGGGGAGAUCAAGUUUGUAGCUGAGAACGCAGAAUCGAGAGCCCACCUCCGAGUGAAAGAACUGCCCGUGACCCUCCUGCGCCCACUGCGGGACAAAAUUGCCAUGGAAAAACAUCGCGGUGUGCUCGAGUGCCAGGUGUCCCGGGCCAGUGCCCAGGUGCGGUGGUUCAAGGGCAGAGUUGAGCUGCAAUCUGGGUCCAAGUAUGAGGUAGUCAGCGAUGGCCUUUACCGCAAGUUGGUCAUCAACGACGUGCACCCUGAGGAUGAGGAUACCUACACCUGUGACGCCGGUGACGUCAAGACCAGUGCCCAGUUCUUUGUGGAAGAGCAGUCUAUCACUAUUGUGCGGGGCCUGAAGGACAUGACAGUUAUGGAGCCUGCCCCUGCCUGGUUUGAAUGUGAGACCUCCAUCCCUUCCGUGAGGCCGCCCAAGUGGCUCCUUGGUAAGACUGUGCUACAGGCAGGGGCGAACGUAGGGCUGGAGCAAGACGGUACUGUGCACCGGCUGACGCUACACAAGACCUGCUCGACCAUGACCGGGGCUGUGCACUUCACCAUCGGCAAGUCCCGCUCCACUGCCCAGCUUGUUGUUUCAGACAUCCCUGUGGUGCUGACGCGGCCACUGGAGCCCAAAGCAGGGCGCGAGCUACAGUCUGUAGUCCUGUCCUGUGACUUCAGGCCGGCCCCCAAGGCUGUGCAGUGGUACAAGGAGGACACCCCCCUGGCCCCAUCAGAAAAGUUCAAGAUGGUGCUGGAAGGCCAGAUGGCAGAGCUACGCAUACUCCGCCUCACUCCGGCUGAUGCUGGGGUCUACCGGUGCCAGGCGGGUAGUGCCCAGAGCAGUGCCGAGGUUACUGUGGAAGCUCGAGAGGUGACUGUGACUCAGCCACUGCAGGAUGCUGAAGCCAUGGAGGAAGGCCGGGUCUGCUUCUCAUGUGAGCUGUCCCAUAAGGACGAGGACAUUGAAUGGUCACUCAAUGGGGUACCCCUGUACAAUGACAGUUUCCACGAGAUCAGUCACGAGGGCUGUCUCCACACACUGGUGCUGAAGAGUGUCCGUCAAGCUGACACAGGCACUGUGUGUGCCACCUCCCCCAAGGUGUCAGUUUCUGCCCGGCUGGUGGUCAGAGCAAAGCCGGUGGUGUUCCUGAAAGCACUGGAUGACGUGUCUGCAGAAGAGCGUGGCACACUGACCCUGCAAUGCGAGGUCUCAGAUCCUAAGGCACGUGUAGUUUGGCGCAAAGAUGGUGUGGAACUGGGUCCCAGUGACAAGUAUGACUUCCUACACAUGGCAACGGCAGGCACUCGGAGCCUUACGGUACAUGACCUGAGCCAAGAGGAUGCUGGACUGUACACCUGCCAUGUGGGCAGUGAGGAGACCCAGUCCAGGGUCAGCGUGCAUGAUCUGCACGUGGGUAUCACCAAGAGGUUAAAGACAGUGGAGGUGCUGGAAGGAGAGACCUGUAGCUUUGAGUGUGUCCUGUCUCACGAGAGUGCCAGUGACCCGGCAGUGUGGACGGUUGGUGGGAAGACAGUGGGGAGUUCUGGUCACUUCCAGGCCAUUCGGCAGGGCCGCAAAUACACGCUGAUGGUCAAGGAUGCUGCACUCAGCGAUGCAGGAGAAGUGGUCUUCUCGGUGCUGGGUCUCACAUCCAAGGCUUCACUCAUCAUCAGAGAGAGGCCGGUGGACAUCACAAAGCCCUUGGAGGACCAGCGUACUACGCUUGGGGAGGAUGUGAUGCUAAGCUGUGAGCUGUCUAGGGCAGGCACUUCUGUGCGCUGGCUGAAAGAUGGGAAGGCCAUCCGAAAGAGUCAGAAGUACCACCUGCUCAGCGAAGGCACACGGGCUGUGUUGGUUGUCCGCAAGGCCUCGCUCAAGGAUUCUGGAGAGUACACCUGUGAGACAGAAGCUUCCAAAAGCACAGCCAGGCUCCACGUGGAAGAAAAGGCAAACCGGUUCACGGAGGAGCUGGCUGACUUGCAGGUGGAAGAGAAGGGCACAGCUGUGUUCACAUGCAAGACAGAGCACCCAGCAUCUGCUGUGACCUGGCGCAAAGGCCUCCUGGAGCUGCGGGCCUCAGGGAAGCAUGUCCCUAGCCAGGAGGGCUUGACCCUGAGGCUCACCAUCAAUGCCCUGGAAAGGACAGACAGUGACACUUACAGCUGUGACAUUGGCCAAGCCCGGACCCAGGCCCGGCUCCUCGUCCAUGGACAGAAAGUGCGCAUUAUCGAGGACCUAGAGGACGUUGCCGUCCAGGAGGGCUCCUCUGCCAAGUUCUGCUGCCGCAUCUGCCCUGCUGACUAUGGCCCUGUGCACUGGUUCCUGGAUAAGACCCCCUUGCACAGCAAUGAGUUAAACGAGAUCACUGUCCAGCCUGGGGGCUACCACGUGCUCACCCUGCAGCAGCUGGCGCUCAAGGACUCAGGCACUGUCUACUUCGAGGCGGGUGACCAGCGGACCUCAGCUGCCCUGCGGGUGACUGAGAAGCCGAGCAUCUUCUCUCAGCCACUCACGGAUGUCACAGUCACAGAAGGCGAGGACCUGACUCUUGCCUGUGAAACCACCACUCUGGAUAGCUCUUUGCGCUGGACCAAAGAUGGAAAGACACUGAGGCCGUCUGCACGAUGCCAGCUGAGCUAUGAAGGCUGCCGGGCCCAGCUCGUCAUCACUGGCACCACCGUACAAGAUGGUGGGCGGUACAAAUGUGAGGUUGGCGGAGCCUCCAGCAGCUCCAUUGUCAGGGUCCAUGCUCUGCCAGUGCGGUUCAGGGAGUCCCUGAAGGAUGUGGAGGUGCCAGAGGGCAGGGCUGCCACACUACGCUGCGUGCUGUCAUCCGUGGCUGCACCUGUGGAGUGGCGUCGUGGAGAUGACAUCCUCAAAUCCAGCAGCAAGUAUAGCCUGCGCCAAGAGGGUGCUGUGCUGGAACUGGUCGUCCGAGACCUGCAGCCCCAGGACAGUGGACAAUACUCAUGUUCCUUUGGGGACCAGACAACUUCAGCCACACUCACAGUGAAAGCCUCGACCGCCCAGUUCAUAGGAAAACUGAGAAACAAGGAGGCGCCAGAAGGGACCAUGGCCACACUUCGGUGUGAGCUGACCAAAGAGGCCCCUGUGGAAUGGAGGAAGGGAACAGAGACACUGACAAGUGGGGACAGAUACAGCCUGAAGCAGGAUGGAGCUGUGUGUGAGCUGCAGAUCUGUAACCUGGUUGCGGCAGAUGCGGGGGAGUACCUGUGUGUCUGCGGGCAGGAGAGGACUUCAGCCACGCUGACUGUCAAGGCUCUGCCUGCUCACUUCGUCGGAAGGCUCAGAAGCAAGGAGGCCACGGAAGGGGACACCGCCACACUGCGGUGUGAGCUGAGCAAGGCUGCCCCUGUGGAGUGGAGGAAAGGAGCAGAGACCCUGAGAGAUGGGGACAGAUACAGCCUGAGGCAGGAUGGGGCCGUGUGUGAGCUGCAGAUCUGUGACCUGGCUAUAGCAGAUGCCGGGGAGUAUCUGUGCAUGUGCGGGCAGGAGAAGACCUCGGCCACGCUGACCAUCCGGGCCCUUCCAGCUAAGUUCACAGACGCUCUGAAGAGUGAAGAAGCCACAGAAGGAGCCACGACCACACUGAGCUGUGAACUGAGCAAGGUGGCUCCUGUGACCUGGAAGAAAGGAACAAAGACCUUGCGAGAUGGAGACAAAUACGGCCUGAGGCAGGAUGGAGCUGUGUGCGCGCUGCGGAUCCAUGGCCUGACCAUGGCCGAUGCUGGGGAGUACUCAUGUGUGUGUGGGCAGGAGAUGACCUCAGCCACGUUGACUGUCAGGGGCCUGCCUGCCAAAUUUAUAGAAGCCUUGAGAAACCAAGAAGCCACAGAAGGGGCCACGGCAAUAUUAAGAUGUGAGCUGAGCAAGCCUGCCCCUGUGGAGUGGAAGAAGGGGCCCCAGACCCUGAGAGAUGGGGACAGAUACACCCUGAGGCAGGAUGGGACCACGUGUGAACUGCAGAUCUGUGGCCUGGCCGUCAAGGAUACUGGGGAGUACUCAUGUGUGUGCGGGCAGGAGAGGACCUCAGCCACACUAAAUAUCAGUGCCUUGCCCACCACGUUCACAGAGGGUCUGAGGAAUGAAGAGGCCACAGAAGGGGCCACGGCCAUUCUGAGGUGCCAGCUGAGCAAGGCUACCCCAGUGGAGUGGAGGAAGGGAGCAAAGACCCUCAAAGGUGGAGACAGAUACAUCCUGAGGCAGGAUGGAGCCAUGUGUGAGCUGAAGAUUCACGGUCUGACCAUGGAAGAUGCCGGGGAGUACUCAUGUGUGUGUGGGCAGGAGAGGACCUCAGCAAUGCUGACUGUCAAGGCCCUGCCCCCCAGAUUCACAGAAGACCUGAGAAGCCAAGAAGCCACAGAAGGCACCACGGUCACUCUGAGGUGCCAGAUGAGCAAGGCAGGCCCUGUGGAGUGGAGGAAGGGUUCUGAGAGCCUGAGAGAUGGGGACAGAUACAUCCUGAGGCAGGAUGGGGCCGUGUGUGAGCUGCAGAUCCAUGGCCUGGCCGUGGAAGAUGCCGGGGAGUACUCAUGCGUGUGUGGACAGGAGAGGACCUCAGCAAUGCUGACUGUCAAGGCUCUGCCCCCCAGAUUCAUAGAAGCCCUGAGAAGCCAAGAAGCCACAGAAGGCACCACGGUCACUCUGAGGUGCCAGAUGAGCAAGGCUGGCCCUGUGGAGUGGAGGAAGGGUUCUGAGAGCCUGAGAGAUGGGGACAGAUACAUCCUGAGGCAGGAUGGGGCCGUGUGUGAGCUGCAGAUCCGUGGCCUGGCCGUGGAAGAUGCCGGGGAGUACUCAUGUGUGUGUGGGCAGGAGAGGACCUCGGCAAAGCUGAGCAUAGAUGCCCUGCCCACACGCUUCAUCGAGAAGCUGAAGUCCAAGGAGGCCAAGGAAGGGGGCACGGCCACUCUGCGAUGUCAGCUCAGCAAAGAGGCCUCUGUGGAGUGGAAGAAGGGAACAGAGACCCUUGGAGACAGAGACAGAUACAGACAGCAGCAAAAAGGGGCCAUGUGUGAGCUUCAGAUCCAUGACCUGAUCAUGCUAGAUGCUGGAGAAUACUCAUGCGUGUGUGGGGAGGAAAAGACCACAGCUGUGCUGACCAUCACGGCACUGCCCCCCAAGUUCACAGAGAGUCUGAAGAAUCAAGAGGCCACAGAAGGGACCCUGGUGACUCUGAGGUGCCAGCUGACCAAAGAAGCCCCAGUGGAGUGGAGGAAGGGAGCAAAGAUCCUCCGAGAAGGAAACAGAUAUAGUCUGAGACAGACUCGGGCCACAUGUGAGCUGCAGAUCCGUGACGUGGCUGUGGAAGAUGCUGGAGAGUACUCAUGCAUGUGUGGGCAGGAGAGGACCUCAGCAAUGCUGACUGUCAAGGCCCUGCCCCCCAGAUUCACAGAAGACCUGAGAAGCCAAGAAGCCACAGAAGGCACCACGGUCACUCUGAGGUGCCAGAUGAGCAAGGCUGGCCCUGUGGAGUGGAGGAAGGGUUCUGAGAGCCUGAGAGAUGGGGACAGAUACAUCCUGAGGCAGGAUGGGGCCGUGUGUGAGCUGCAGAUCCAUGGCCUGGCCGUGGAAGAUGCCGGGGAGUACUCAUGCGUGUGUGGACAGGAGAGGACCUCAGCAAUGCUGACUGUCAAGGCUCUGCCCCCCAGAUUCAUAGAAGCCCUGAGAAGCCAAGAAGCCACAGAAGGCACCACGGUCACUCUGAGGUGCCAGAUGAGCAAGGCUGGCCCUGUGGAGUGGAGGAAGGGUUCUGAGAGCCUGAGAGAUGGGGACAGAUACAUCCUGAGGCAGGAUGGGGCCGUGUGUGAGCUGCAGAUCCGUGGCCUGGCCGUGGAAGAUGCCGGGGAGUACUCAUGCGUGUGUGAACAGGAGAGGACCUCGACAACGCUGAGUGUCAAGGCCCUGCCAACCAGAUUCAUAGAAGACUUGAGAAGCCAAGAGGCCACAGAAGGUUCAGCAGUCACAAUGCGGUGUGAGCUAAGCAAGAAGGCCCCUGUGGUGUGGAGGAAGGGAUCUGCCAUCCUCAGAAAUGGGGACAGAUACAGCCUGAGGCAAGAUGGGGCUGUGUGUGAGCUGGAGAUCCGUGACCUGACUGCGGAAGAUGCUGGGGAGUACUCGUGCACGUGUGGGCAGGAGAGGACCUCGGCCACACUGAGCACCAUGGCCCCACAGGUGGUGUUCCAGAAGCCACUGAAGAACCUGCAAGUGGAAGAAGGUUCCACGGCCAGCCUGCAGUGUGAGCUGUCAGUCCUCCAUGCUGCUGUGGUCUGGAGCAAGGGCGGCCUGGAGCUGCAGGCCGAUGCACGCCGAGAGUCACGGCAGCAGGGGCGGGUGGCAGAGCUUCUGCUUAGGGAUGUGCACCGUGAGGAUGCGGGCGAGUAUAGCUGCACCUGUGGCUCUCAGACCACGAGCGCCACCCUCACGGUCACAGCUGCUCCUGUGCGGUUCCUCAGGGAGCUGCAGGCCCAGGAAGUAGAUGAGGGGACCACCGCACACUUGCGCUGUGAGCUGAGCCAGGCGGCUGUGAAUGUGGAGUGGCACAAGGGCUCCCUGCAGCUUUUCCCCUGUGCCAAGUAUCAGAUGGUGGAAGAGGGUACAGCUGCAGAGCUGCUGGUUCAUGGGGUGGAGCAAGAGGAUGCAGGCGAAUACACCUGCGAUGCAGGCCGUACACAGAGCGUUGCCCGGCUCUCAGUCCGAGCUCCCAAGCCCAAGUUCAAGACUGGCCUGCAGAGCACAGAGCAGGAAGCAGGUGGCAUGGCCCGGCUGUGCUGUCAACUGAGCGAGGCGGAGCCAGGGGCUCCAGUGCAGUGGCUUAAGGAGGGCGUGGAGCUGCGUGUCAGUCCCAAGUAUGAGAUGCGGUGCCAAGGGGCCACAUGUGAGCUGCUGAUCCAUGGGCUGGAAGCCAAGGACACCGGCGAAUAUGCCUGUGUGGUGGGUGGCCAGAAGACCUUGGCUUCUCUCAGAGUGAAAGAGCCUGAGGUGACCAUUGUGCGGGGACUGGUGGACAUGGUGGCGCAGGCCGAUGAGGACGUGGAGUUCACUUGUGAGGUGUCGCAGGCAGGAGCGGGAGGCGUGCAGUGGCGUCUUCAAGGUCUGCCACUGCAGAGCAAUGAAGUGACGGAGGUGGCUGUUCGUGGAGACGGUUGCACCCACGUGCUCCAACUGAAGGGUGUGACACCGGAGGAUGCUGGCACUGUCUCCUUCCACGUGGGCAGCCAUUCGUCUUCCGCUCAGCUCACAGUCCGAGUCCCCGAGGUAACCGUUCUGGAGCCCCUGAAGGAUGUGCAGCUCAGUGAGGGCCAGGAUGCCCAUUUCCAGUGCCGCCUGUCCAGGGCCUCGGGCCAGGAGGCCCGCUGGACUUUGGGAGGGGUUCCCUUGCAGUGCAAUGAGAUGAAUGACAUCACCGUGGAACAGGGCACGCUCUACCGGCUCACUCUGCACAAGGUGACCCUCGAGGAUGCUGGAACCAUCACUCUCCAAGUGGGCUCAUGCUCCUCAGAGGCCAAGCUGAAGGUCACAGCCAAGAACACAGUGGUGCGUGGCCUGGAGAAUGUGGAUGCACUGGAAGGCGGUGAAGCUCUGUUUGAGUGCCUGCUGUCCCAGCCUGAGGUGGCUGCCCACUCCUGGCUGCUAGACGAUGAGCCUGUGCACACCUCAGAAAACGUGGAGGUGGUCUACUUUGAGAACGGGCUACGGCACCUGCUGCUGCUCAAAAACCUGAAGCCACAGGACAGCUGCCGAGUGACCUUCCUGGCAGGGGAUGUGGUCACAUCUGCAUUCCUCACCGUGAGAGGCUGGCGCUUGGAGGUCCUAGAGCCCCCACGAGAUGCCUCUGUGAAAGCUGGUACGCAGGCCUGCUUCUCUUGCGCACUAAGCGAGGCCGUGCCUGUGGGUGAGGCUACUUGGUACAUCAACGGAGCUGCCAUCCAACCUGAUGAUGCUGACUGGACAGUUACCGCAGACGGCAGCCACCAUGCCCUGACGCUGAACAACGCCCAGCCCCAACAUACAGGAGAGGUCACAUUUGCAGCACGUGAUGCCGUGGCCUCUGCACACCUCUCUGUGUUGGCCCUCCCUGACCCCCCUGAAGAUGCUGAGGUGGUGGGCCGUAGUGACCAUUCUGUGACCCUAUCCUGGGUGGCUCCCAUGAGCGAUGGUGGCGGUGGGCUAUGUGGUUAUCGUGUGGAAAUGAAGGAGGCAUCCACAGGACAGUGGCAGUUGUGCCAUGAGUUGGUACCUGGGCCAGAGUGUGUGGUGGAUGGCCUGGUCCCUGGGGAGACCUACCGCUUCCGAGUGGCAGCUGUGGGUCCAGCAGGUGCUGGGGAGCCUGUACAUCUGCCUCAGAUGGUGACGAUAGCCCCAGCCCUAGCCCCAGCCCCAGCCCCAGCCCCAGCCCCAGCCCCAGAGACACGGCAGGCAGUGGUUGGCGAGGAUGUGUGCCUGGAGUUGGAAGUGGCAGCUGAUGCUGGCGAGGUUGUCUGGCACAAGGGAACAGAGCGCAUCGAGCCCAGUGGGCGCUUUGAGGUCAUCUCUCAGGGUCAGCGGCAGAUGCUGGUGAUCAAAGGCUUUAGGAUGGAAGACCAAGGGGAGUACCGCUGUGGUCCCACUCGGGGCCUGCCCUCCUCGGCCGCUGCCACUUUUAACGUGGUCAUGACCUCAGGCUCUGAGGAUGAGGUCCCCACGCAGCCCAGCCUGCCUCCUGAGGCAGCCCAGGAGGGUGACCUGCACCUGCUCUGGGAGGCCCUUGCCCGGAAGCGCCGCAUGAGUCGGGAGCCCACGCUGGACUCCAUCAGUGAACUGCCCGAGGAAGACAGCCGUGUGCAGCAUCUGCGGCAGGAAGCAGAAGAGACAGCUCCCGACCUCUCUGAGGGCUACUCGACAGCUGACGAGCUAGCACGCACAGGGGAGGCUGACCUCUCACACACCAGCUCUGACGAUGAGUCCCGGGCUGGCACCCCUUCCCUAAUUACCUACCUCAAGAAGGCUGGGGGUCCUGGGAUCUCACCUCUGGCCAGCAAGCAUGGGGCCCAGGUGGCCAUGUCUGUGACGCCACAAAAGCAGCAGGAGGGAGCAGUGCCCGUGUGCCCACUGCCGGGAGACUUGAGCACAGCAGACUUGAAUGAUCCAUCCCUCGACAAGGCAGCUGUGAAGAUCCAGGCUGCCUUUAAAGGCUACAAAGUGCGGAAGGAGAUGAAACAGCAGGAAGGGCCUGUGUUCUCGAGAACAUUUGGGGACACAGAAGCCCAGGUUGGAGAUGUGCUGCGGCUGGAGUGUGUGGUGUCCACCAAGGCUGAUAUGCGGGCUUGCUGGCUGAAAGAUGGCAUAGAAUUAACAGACGGGCGGCACUACCACAUAGACCAGCUCAAGGAUGGUACCUGCUCACUGCUGGUCACUGGCCUGGGCCCCAGUGACACUGGCCGUUAUACCUGUCAGGUGAGCAGCAAGUUUGGCCAUGUAAGCCACAGUGCCUGUGUGGUGGUCAGUGGGACAGAGAGUGAGGCUGAGAGCUCCUCCGGGGGUGAGCUGGAUGAUGCCUUCCGCCGGGCAGCGCGACGCCUGCACCGCCUCUUCCGCACAAAGAGCCCAGCAGAGCUUUCAGAGGAGGAACUCUUCCUCAGCGCUGAUGAAGGCCCAGCGGAGCCAGAGGAGCCUGCAGACUGGCAAACAUACCGAGAGGACGAAAACUUUGUGUGCAUCCGUUUCGAGUCACUUACAGAGGCCCGCCGGGCAGUCACCUGCUUCCGUGACAUGUUUGCCACCAUGGGCAUCGGAGUGGAGAUCAGCCUAGGGGAGCAGGGACCCCGGGGAGUGGAGAUGCGUAUUGGCAAGGUGGCCCCCACUGCUACCCCUGCGGUGCCGCUGGCGAAGGCACCUGGCCUGCAUACUUCAGAUGCUGCCCCAGUGUUCCUGACCGAGCUGCAGAACCAAGAAGUGCAGGACGGAUACCCCAUGAGCUUCGACUGUGUGGUAACAGGCCAGCCUGUGCCCAGUGUACGCUGGUUCAAGGAUGGCAAGUUGCUGGAGGAGGAUGACCACUACAUGAUCAAUGAGGACCAGCAGGGUGGUCACCAGCUCAUCAUCACAGCUGUGGUGCCAGCGGACAUGGGUGUCUACCGAUGCCUGGCAGAGAACAGCAUGGGCGUCUCUUCCACCAAGGCUGAGCUUCGUGUGGAACUGACCAGCACAGACUAUGACACUGCUGCAGAUGCUACUGAGACCUCAUCGUACUUCAGCGCCCAGGGAUACCUGUCCAGCCGGGAGCAAGAGGGAACCGAGUCAGAUGAGGGGCAGCUUCCCCAGGUGUUGGAGGAGCUGAAAGACCUCCAAGUGGCCCCUGGCACACGCCUGGCCAAGUUCCAGCUCAAGGUGAAAGGAUAUCCAGCCCCAAAACUGUACUGGUUCAAAGAUGGCCAGCCUCUGACCACAUCUGCCCACAUCCGCAUGACUGACAAAAAGACCCUGCACACCCUGGAGAUUGUCUCAGUCACCCGAGAGGACAGUGGCCAGUAUGCAGCCUACAUCAGCAAUGCUAUGGGUGCUGCCUAUUCAUCGGCCCGGCUGCUGGUGCGAGGUGCCAGCGAACCGGAAGAGAAGCCAGCAUCAGAUGUGCACGAGCGGCUGGUGCCGCCUCGGAUCCUGGAGAAGUUCACGCCCAAGAAAGUGAAGAAGGGCUCCAGCAUCACCUUUUCAGUGAAGGUGGAAGGACACCCGGCUCCCACCGUGCAUUGGCUCAAGGAGGAGGCAGAGAAGGGGGUGAUGUGGAUCGGCCCUGAAACCCCUGGCUACACCAUGGCCAGCUCUUCCAAGCAGCACAGCCUGGUCCUGCUGGACGUGGGCCGACAGCACCAGGGCACCUAUACAUGCAUUGCCACCAACGCUGCUGGCCAGGCGCUCUGCUCUGCCAGCCUGCACAUCUCCGGCUUGGCCAAAGAGGAAGAGCAGGAGAGAGUGAAAGAGGCUCUCAUUUCCUCCUUCCUGCAAGGGACAAGCCAAGCUAUUUCAGCCCAGAUGUCGGAAUCUGCAGGUUUUGCUGAUCUUGUUGGGCAAAAGAAAGGGGAGUCCCUGGUGGCUGAGGAGGCCCAUGGUCACCUGUCUCUCGCUGAGGUGGGCACAGAAGAGUUCCUGCAGAAACUCACCUCGCAGAUCACUGAGAUGGUAUCGGCCAAGAUCUCUCAGGCCAAGCUCCAGGUGCCUGGAGGUGACAGCGAUGAGGAGUCCAAGACGCCAUCUGCUUCUCCUCGGCAUGGCCGGUCACGCCCUUCCUCCAGUGUUCAAGAGUCCUCUUCAGAGUCAGAGGAUGGGGACUCCCGUGGUGAGAUCUUUGACAUCUAUGUGGUCACAGCUGACUAUCUGCCCCUGGGGGCUGAGCAGGAUGCCAUCAUUCUGAGAGAAGGCCAGUAUGUGGAGGUCCUCGAUUCAGCCCAUCCCUUGCGUUGGCUCGUGCGCACCAAGCCCACCAAAUCCAGCCCUUCCAGGCAGGGCUGGGUUUCGCCUGCCUACCUGGACAAGAGGCUCAAGCUGUCUCCUGAGUGGGGACCCACCGAGGCCCCUGAGUUUCCUGGGGAGGCUGUGUCGGAAGAUGAGUACAAGACGAGGCUGAGCUCUGUCAUCCAGGAGUUGCUGAGUUCAGAGCAGGCAUUUGUGGGUGAGCUGCAGUUCUUGGAGAGCCACCACAUGAAACACCUGGACCGAUCUCCCCGAGUACCCACAGCUGUGGCCAGCCAGAAGACAGUCAUCUUUCGUAAUGUGCAGGACAUCAGCCAUUUCCACAGCAGCUUCUUGAAGGAGCUGCAGUGCUGUGACACCGAUGACGACGUGGCCAUGUGCUUUCUCAAGAACCAGGAGGCCUUUGAGAAACACCUUGAGUUCCUGGUGGGCCGAGUGCAGGCUGAGUCAGUGGUUGUCAGCACCCCAGUCCAGGAGUUCUACAAGAAAUAUGCAGAAGAGACCCUGUCGGCAAAGGACCCCACACAGCCACCCCCACCUCCACUUCAGCACUACCUGGAGCAGCCAGUGGAGCGAGUGCAGAAAUACCAGGGCUUGCUGAAGGAACUAAUCCGCAACAAGGCCCGCAACCGGCAGAACUGCGCGCUGCUGGAGCAAGCCUAUGCUGUGGUGUCUGCCCUGCCUCAACGUGCUGAGAACAAGCUGCAUGUGUCUCUCAUGGAGAACUACCCAGGAACCCUGGAGGCUCUGGGAGAACCUAUCCGCCAGGGCCACUUCAUAGUGUGGGAAGGAGCUCCAGGGGCUCGGAUGCCUUGGAAGGGCCACAACCGGCAUGUCUUCCUCUUCCGAAACCACCUGGUGAUCUGCAAGCCCCGGAGAGACUCUCGGACCGACACCUUCAGCUACGUGUUCCGGAACAUGAUGAAGCUGAGUAGCAUCGACCUCAAUGACCAGGUAGAGGGGGAUGACCGCGCCUUUGAGGUGUGGCAUGAGCGCGAGGAUUCUGUGCGCAAGUACCUGCUCCAGGCGCGGACAGUCAUCAUCAAAAACUCAUGGGUGAAAGAGAUCUGUGGCAUCCAGCAGCGUCUUGCGCAGCCUGUAUGGCGUCCCCCUGAUUUUGAAGAGGAACUAGCUGACUGCACAGCCGAGCUGGGUGAAACGGUCAAGCUGGCAUGCCGAGUGACUGGAACACCUAAGCCUAUUGUUAGCUGGUACAAAGAUGGGAAGCCAGUUGAGGUGGACCCACACCACAUCCUCAUUGAAGACCCUGACGGCUCCUGUACCCUCAUCUUGGACAACCUGACUGGCAUAGACUCUGGCCAGUACAUGUGUUUUGCCGCCAGUGCUGCUGGCAACGCCAGCACCUUGGGGAAGAUUCUAGUACAAGUGCCCCCACGAUUUGUGAACAAGGUCCGGGCCACACCCUUUGUGGAGGGGGAGGAUGCACAGAUCACCUGCACCGUGGAAGGCGCCCCAUACCCUCAGAUCAGGUGGUACAAGGAUGGUGCCCUGUUAACCUCGGGCAACAAGUACCGGAUGCUAAAUGAACCCCGCAGUGGUGUGCUGGUGCUGGUGAUCCGAGGGGCCAGCAAGGAGGACCUGGGACACUAUGAGUGUGAGUUGGUGAACCGGUUGGGCUCAACACGUGGUGGUGGAGAAUUAUACAUGCAGAGCCCCGCACUGCGUGCCCGGGACCAGCACCACCGGGAACAGCUUGUGGCUGCUGUGGAAGUCACUGAGCAGGAGACAAAAGUCCCCAAGAAAACCGUCAUCAUAGAGGAGACCAUCACCACCGUGGUGAAGAGUCCUCGUGGCCGACGACAGUCCCCCAGCAAGUCUCCCUCCCGUUCACCCUCCCGCCGCUCUGCCAGUCCACUGAGGCCGGGGCUGUUGGCCCCUGAGAUGCUGUACCCACCGGGGACCAGCCUGUCCCGGAGGCUUGAGGUAGAACCAGGCAGGAAGGCCCCGGUGCCUUCAUUGUAUGUGACAGAAGCUGAGACCCACACUCCAGCUUCGAAGGCCAAGCCCAAGUGGUUAGAGGUGGAGGAAACCAUUGAAGUCCAAGUGAAAAAGACAGGGUCGCGGGGUGCAUCUCCUGUCCAAGAGAUGCCCAGCCGUGGAGAGGGGGUCCUCUUCACAUUGCCUGGUGGGAUCCCUGGCAGGGACCCAAAUGCCAACAACUCCAACAACAAGAGUUUGUACCAGGAAGCCCGGACUUGGGGCCCUGCUGUGGUCCAUGUUGGUGAACCCUUUGUCUUCCAUGUGGACUCAGUGGGCAACGUGGACUGGGCAUCUGCUAGUCUUGAGCCAGAGGGGGUCAGAGCCUCCCAAGAGGAACAGGACACUGAAAAGGAGGAAGGAGGCGGUGACAGAGAAGAGAAUGACUUCCUGAUGGAAGAGCCCCAGGACACUGGCGACCUCCAGGGCCGUGACCCCAAAAUCCUCACACACAAUGGCAGGGUGCUGACAUUGGCUGACCUGGAAGAUUAUGUACCCCAGGAAGGAGAGACUUAUGGCUGUGGGGAUCCCAUCCCCAGCACCCAUGAUGAACCUCCCUGUGAAGUCUCUGUGCUCCAAAGAGAAAUCAGCCAGCCCACUGUGGGGCAACCUGUCUUACUCAAUGUGGGGCACCCUCCAGGCCCCAGCACCAUACCCAGCUUCUUCAGGUCAGGGCCCCAGGUCCGCAGCCCUGGCGCGGUCUCUAUCCUCUUGCGCGAGGCCCAGGCAGGCCAAGUGAGUGGCGCCCCUUGGACGAGCUCCUUCUGUACCCAUGUCCAGAGUUCUGUCGAUGGUGGCCAAGGUAGCUUCAAGACAGAGGUCUCCACCCAGACGGUCAGCUUUGGGGCCGUAGGAGAGACGGUCACUCUGCAUUUUAACCCAGAUGGGGGAGAGGCCCCAGGUCCCUCUCAGGGCUGAUCGCUCACACUGGAGACAAUGAGGUAAGGCAAGUGGCCCAGAGCCUUGGACCCUGCCAGGUGCCAGCAUCUUACCCUGGAACCCACUGCUUACAUCGGGGACCUCCCACCCCCUGUUCUUCUUCAGCCUGGGAUUGAGCCUUCCUUGCUUUCCUGCCCGGUCCUUCCUACCUCACUGGACCUAUUCACUGCCGGGAGGAUGAGGGGAAUGCCUGCAGCGUUGAACUAUGCUGAUGUCACUUCAGAAGAGCCCUGGCCAGAAGCAGUUCAGAGACUCCCACUUUGGACUCUCCCCCUCACUCCCCC